AUGUUUAAAAGUGACAAAACAUUGCAUGCAGGUUCAUGCCGUAUAUGCUUGGAUUCACAGUGUAAUAAUAUGGUCAAAUUAGAUCAUCAGAAUGGCUGGUUGGCACUAUUUGAAUAUUGUUUUGGCAUAUCACUCUCAAUACAAGACACACCUCAAAAUCUUUGCCGGCAGUGUGCAAAUAAUGUUACAAAGUAUUCAAAGUUUAAAGAUCUUUGUUUUAAAUCUGAUAAACUUUGGAAAUCCAUUUCAAAUGGGAAACAUUUCACUAGAAAAGUUCAAUAUGAUAAACAUGUUAAAGAUGAAAUAUUUGAUAAUGAACAAGAUGGAAAUGAGAUUGUUACUGCUAAUGAAAAAAAUUGUACAUACACUAAAGAGUUCAACAGUGAUAUGAAUAAUUAUGACGAUACUGAUGACAUUGCUAGUAUUACAAAUAAAAUAGAAAAAGUCAAUAAUGAAAAACUAAAAGAUCUCUCUGAGGAAGGAGUAAUAACUUACAAUGUUCAUGAUAAAGAUAUGAUUUUGCUUGCUAAAGAUAGAUAUUUGAAGCACAACCCUAAUACGAAUAUAAACAAAGCUUUUAAUAAAAACAUUAGCAGAAAAGUCAAAGAUUUGUUUAUUUGUAAAAUAUGCGAAAAAAAAUAUGGGUCUAAAAUGUGGUAUUUUAAACAUUUGAAGUCAUGUAAAUUAGAAGAGGUAAACAACAGUACUGGUACAGAAAUAAAGAUACAUGAAUACAAUAAAAUAUUAAAGUGCAAAAAAACAAAGAAACGCCAAAACUUUUUACACUGUUGUGGUGUCUGUAAAUUUUCUUCAAAUAACGGCGAUGACAUCACUAAGCAUUUGGAAGGACAUUGGAUCAAUAAUGACUUGCAAUGUACGUUGUGUGAAUUUAUUGGUAAAGACCAGGCGGCUAUUGCUGCGCAUAGGUAUAACCAUUAUGCAGCCAAAACAUCGAGUUUCACGUGCCACAUAUGUCAAAAGAAAACGAAAUCUCAACUUACACUGCAAUUCCACUAUAGAAAGGUACAUUUAAAUAAAAUUGGAGGAUUGUGUUCACAACCACAGUGUGAUAAAGCAUACAAUUCUUGGAAAUUAUGGAAAAGACAUGAAAAAUUGCAUAGUCAUCCGGGGUAUAUAUGUGACUUUUGUGGACAGAAGUACAGAUACAAACAUUCAAUUGUGGAACAUUUGGCUAACCACGUUAACCCCGCUACCUAUGUUUGUGAUGUGUGCGGUAAAACCUUCUUACGGUUACGUAAUUUGAGGGUGCACAUGGAAAAUGUUCACGUAAAAUUAGAUCCAUUAAAAUGCUUACACUGUGGCCGUAUGUUCAAAAACCAACACUAUUUGAGAAUACAUCAGAAAUUGUUGGCGAUGGAGAAAAUUUGGAAAUGUGAAUUUUGUCCGAUGGAGUACCCGCAACUCAAUCUUUUGAAUAGCCAUUUAAAAAGCCACAGCGACGAGAGACCUCACUGUUGUCAUGUCUGCGGAUCGAGGUACAAAGCGAAAAGUCAACUCGCCAUUCACAUACGGAACCACACGGGGGAUAGACCAUACAAAUGUUCUAUGUGUGGCAAAGCAUUCAAGUCAUCACAACUCCUAAGAAGACACACCAUGAUUCAUACUGGAAUCAUGCCUCACAAAUGCUUGCACUGCGAAAAAACAUUUCUAUGUAAGAAACGCUUGAUAAAGCAUUGUACUAUGCGUCACAAGUCAUUGGAUAUAAUAUGUAAAUAA